CGAUUCUACAACACCCUGUACGGCGGCUACAGCCGCCGCCGCUACCACCACGACGUGGCCAUCAUCAAGCUGGACGCGCCGAUUGACUUUGUCAAGUACCCGCAGAUCGGCAAGCUGGAGGUGGCCGUCGAGAGUGAGCAGCCCCUCCCCUACACCUGCUACGUCGUCGGCUGGGGCAAGUCGGAGUCGGCGAAUAUCACCGCCGAGCUGAGGGUGGCCCGCUAUCCGAUCCUGCCCGACGACACCUGCCAGACGGUGUCACGGUACUUCAACCGCACCGUCUCCUACUGUGCCGGCCCCAAGGAGAGCGACAAGCCGCCGGGCAGUCCCAACAUCUGCAAAG